AUGGAAGAACAAGAUGACACCCCAAAAGUCACACUUUCAAAGAUUUCCCUUCUCUCUUCAGCGAAUGUCAUGCAUGAAUCAUCAUCUCCUUCAUCACCACUGACACCUAAUAAUAAUGGUGAGGAUUCCAAUAGGACCACUCCCUCUCAAGAAUCUUCACCAACAACAACAACAUCUGGAUCUAAAAAAGUGAUCAAACGAGUGGUGAAACGGGUGCCAGCCAAGUCAAGCAGUGCAACCACGACGACUGAGGAAUAA